AUGAUAUCAGAUAUUCUGUUGACAUGCCACAGGUCAUUUAUUGAAGACUCUCAAGCUGGCAUUAAAAUAUAUCUUCAAGAUAAUAGUUACUAUGGACAGAAUAAUAGUAUAGUGACAGUGACAGAAACUCUUGAUGAGCAGAUGCGUGCUGUUGAUUCAGAUGUUUCUAAAUUAGCUGAAGAUUCUCAUUAUUCGCAGUCAAUGAAUGCUCCAUUUUCAUAUUAG